UAUUGAAUAACGGAAGUCACCUUGACGAAGCCAUUGUUUUGAAAGGAUAAACCGGAAAUGGGGUUUAUUUAAGGCAACAGCACAGCGAAGGGGUUGUCAACAAACAUCUGCUAUUGAAGGAAAUAUUAAAGACUCUAGCUACACUGAGACUUUUGUCUCCUAAGUCAAUCAAGGAAAUUAUGGGGUUGAAAGCAAUAUUGAUGCAUGCGUGAGAGAAAAGCCCGGGUGUUCCUCCUGCUGCACUGCACACUUCCUCAUGGAUUCCAGCAACGAUGAGGCAGUCGACAUCAUCAUCACUAAUGUCGUUGCGACGUUUCGGACCAGAUGCCACCUCAAUCUGCGUACAAUUGCUUUAGAGGGAACCAAUGUCAUCUAUAAGCCUGAAGUAGGGAAAGUUUUGAUGAAACUUCGGAAACCAAGGAUAACAGCCUCCAUCUGGUCAUCAGGAAAAAUCAUCUGCACUGGAGCAACAAGUGAGGACGAGGCAAAGCUGGGCGCUCGCAGAUUAGCUCGCUGUCUGCAGAAACUCGGCUUCAAGGUGAAUUUUUCAGCUUUCAAGGUUGUGAACGUGCUCGCUGUUUGCUCCAUGCCGUUUUCAAUUCACCUGAUAGACUUUACGAAGAACAAUCGGCCCAUAGCCAGUUAUGAGCCGGAGCUCCACCCUGCCGCCACAUACAGAAUCAAAAAUCUAAAGGCUACUAUACAAGUGUUUUCCACUGGAAGCCUCACGGUUACAGGACCAAAUGUGCAGAAUGUUGCAACAGCUGUGGAGCAGGUCUACCCACUGCUGUUCGAGUGUCGGAAGCCCCUCUGCAAACAGGACAAGAAGAUGUGACCUACGUGAUGAAAGAAGACUAAACUCGCUCCUGUCCUUUACGGUAAACCCUGCAAGACUAACUUUACUAGACUGUCGAGAAGGGCGUGUACGCUGAACGUUUUAUAACCCUUGUUGGAGUUCAUGAGAAAGUUGUCACUUUUAUUCUGCUUUGAGUGUUUUGCAUGGAUACCCGAACCAUUUUUUUAUUAAUGCAAGUAGAAUAAAGCUCAACAGUUGUGACCAAUA